AUGGAGCGAGAACAAGGACCAUCCAUCACUAUACGAGAACGAGAGUUGGAUAGAGUUGAUUUUGUUUUGGGAAAUGUCGAUUUGUCAGUAGCCAACGCCCUCAGAAGAACCAUGCUCGCUGAAGUACCCACAUUAGCCAUCGACUUGGUCGAGAUUGAUGUCAACACAUCAGUUCUCGCUGACGAGUUUUUGGCCCAUAGACUAGGGCUCAUACCGCUUGUUAGUGAAAACAUAGAGAAUUUAAAGUAUUCAAGAGAUUGUACCUGUGACAACUACUGUCCCCAAUGUUCAGUGACAUUAGAAUUGACGGCUAAAUGUGAUACAGACUCAACCAUGAAUGUUUACGCCAGUGAUCUUUUCAAGCCACCGAGUCCUUACCUGUUAGGUACGCCUGUGUAUAGGGACCACAUGGAGAGAGGCCCUAUCAUUUGCAAGUUGAGGAAACAUCAAGAAUUACGUCUAACUUGUAUUGCUAAAAAGGGAAUCGCAAAGGAACAUGCAAAAUGGUCCCCGUGUGCUGCUAUAGGGUUUGAAUACGACCCCUGGAACAAGCUAAAGCACACUGAUUAUUGGUACGAAGUUGAUGCUAACGAAGAAUGGCCUAAAUCGAAAAAUUGUGAUUGGGAAGAACAACCUGACCCUGAAGAAAAAUUUGAUUACAAGGCAAAACCUAAUGAUUUUUAUUUUGAUGUGGAAACAGUGGGAAGUUUGGCUCCCAAUGAUGUUGUAAUUCAAGCUAUCAAAACAUUGCAAGAGAAAUUGGCUUCGGUUGUUAUAGAGUUAGACAAGGAUAAAGUAGAAGGAGGUGAUGUUCCAGAUGGUGGGUUCACCACUUAUGGAAGAACAGACUAUGGACGUGGUGGAGAGACGCCAAUGAUUGGCGGUGCCACACCAUAUGGCGGAAGCACUACUUCCGGCAACUCUAGUGGAUACGGUGGAGGUACAUGGAAUUGA